AUGGUAUCUCUAGACCUGGCCAAAUCUCUGUUCAAUGUUUCGGGGAUGAUUGCGGACUUGAAGUCUUCGAACUUCAGUAUCUACGGGCAAUGGUUCUCGUACUUGAACAUAUUUCUCUGUCUUGUGUUUGGGUUUGUCAAUAUAUUCCACAUCAGCGGCGUGGUGGUGUUUUCGAUCAUUGCCGUUGUUCAGGGUUUUAUAAUACUUUUCAUUGAAGUCCCCUUUUUGCUCAAGAUUUGUCCGCUCAGCGAGAACUUCAUUGGCUUCGUGAGCAAGUUCGACACCAAUUGGAGACGUUUUCUCUUCUACUUGGUGAUGUGUGUCAUCCAAUGGUGCUCGCUAAUUGUCAAGACUACGAGUUUAAUUGUGGUCGCUAUUGGACUUACAAUCACAUGUCUGGUUUACGGUAUUGGAGCUGCUGCUCACCAAGAGUUCAAGAAUAGCUCCAUCCUUAGCGACAGAGGCAAGGUCGCAGCUUCUCUCGGUAACGAGGCAGUUGUCAGAGACAUGUUGUGA